CCCCACUGGCGGCGGCGGCGCGGCGCUGUUUGGAUUCAAAGCCGCUAUAAAGGCUUGGGCCAGCGGCGCGGCGGCCCGGAGUGGCUCCGCGCCAUGGCCAACGCCUCGCAGUGCCUGGAGGAGGGCGCCGGGCGCUGGCCGCCGCGGCCGCCCGGGCCCUACAGCGAGGCGCAGCGGCUGGCGCUGGAGGAGCUGGUGGCGGGCGGCCCCGAGGCGCUGCGGGCCUUCCUGCGGCGGGAGCAGCUGCCGCCGUUCCUCUCGGAGCCCGAGGUGCAGGCCAUCGCGCGGGGCGCCCUGCCGCCCGCCGCGGCCCCGGAGCCGGCGGGCGAGCCCUCGCUCGGCGCCUCGCCCGACGCCUCCUCGCUCACCUACUUCCCCGAGCGCUCGGACCUGGAGCCGCCGGCGCUGGAGCUGGGCUGGCCGGGCUUCGCCAGCGGCGCCUUCCGCGGGCUGACGCGGGUGGAGGCGCACUUCCAGCCGGGCUGCGGGGAGAGCCUCUACGGCUGCAAGGAGGCGGUGCGGCGGCAGAUCCGCUCCGCCCGGCAGGUGAUUGCACUUGUGAUGGAUUCCUUCACAGAUAUUGAUAUCUUCGGCGACCUUCAGGAUGCCUAUAAGAACCGCAAAGUCCCUGUCUAUAUCCUUCUUGACCAGGACUUUCUACCCCAUUUCUUGGAAAUGUGCAAGAACUUAGGAGUUUGUCCUGAGCAGGAAAGUAUGAUGAGAGUUCGAACUCUCACGGGGAACACGUACUACAUGAGGUCGGGUGCCAAAAUUGUUGGGAAAGUCCAUGAGAAGUUCAUGUUAAUUGAUGGCAUUAGAGUGACAACCGGCUCCUACAGUUUCACGUGGUCCGAUGGGAAGCUGAACAGCAGUAACUUGCUGCUAUUGUCAGGUCAAGUGGUUGAACAUUUUGACCUCCAGUUCAGGAUUCUUUAUGCCCAGUCGAUGCCCAUCAGCCCUAAGUGGCUGUCCAGCUGCAGGAACAGUGGGAUAUUUGAUCACCUGGUGAACAGAAUAGAGUCCCCUAAAGAAUAUACAGUAGAAGACCACCUGAGAGCAGAAUUUGCCAGAUUGGCUAGUACUCCAAAGAAAUUGUUGAAAGAACUAGAUCAGGCUGAAGAUACUCCUGGAGGCAAACCUUGUAACCUGGGGCAUUCUUGCCUCUCUGAAGAGGAGUGGUUCAGAGAUCAAGAGGCCAUACUGGAACGGAGAAGCACAUCGACUCAAACUGGUCCAUGGGAAGAGAAGCCCGCAGUGACCACGUGUAACGCUGCCACGCAGACCAGCGCUGUGACGGCAGAAACCGGCACUCAGACUUCCGUCACUCCUAGAACGACGGGCACUCAGACAUCAGUUUUGCUGAAGACUGUGGUGACACAGACGAAGGAAGAUGAGUACACAGAAACACCCCUGCUUCACCGAAAGCUGUCAAAAGAAGGAUCUUCUCUGUUGGGAAAGGCUGUAUCGAGUUCUAGUCUGCGAUCGCUGUCUUCGUCAUCGUCCCAGUGCUCUCUUGCAAGCUCUACCAGCUCACUAUCUUCUCUCCGGUCCUUUGAAUAUUCUAGCAGUCACAGGGCAGGAUAUUUCCAAAAACUGCAUAAAGAGAGGCAAUUCCACUACUCCACUAUCAGGUCGAAGCUUAGCCACAUGGUGGAUAUCCUGUCCCGGAGGGGACGUGUACCUGAAAACUACAUGACCCAAUACACCGGAAGAUGCAAUCUAAAACAGAGGCGUGACAUCAGUGCCAGCCUGCGCAGCCUCCGGGACGUUUCACUCUUUUCUCUGAAUAAAUGAUUACUGCGCUGAAUGCAGAACACAAAAGCUCCGCUCUCAAAUCGCAGUCACUUUGUGCCUGCUGACUCUUCCGCUUCCUUCCAACACUUUUAUGUUUUUAAUACGUGUGUACAUCACUCUCCAGCACUUUGUUUUAUACCGUGCAAUUUAAGCAGUACAAAAAGAGGGGUUUGUUUAUACUGUAACUACUUACAUGUGCCUCUUACGUGCAUGAGUGGUGAAGGUUUAUUUUAAUUCUGGAUGUUUAACCUGAAAAGUAAACUUAUUGCUGCUUCCUAGGAUUGCUAAUGCUCUGGCUUUAAUUUAUGUAGAUUUGGAAAAAUCUGAGUCAGGCUGAUCUUGCCCAGAGUGGCUUUGGAGAUUUGGCCUACAUCAAAGUAUACUCAAAUAUUUUUUUUUUCUUUUUAAUAUUCACUUUUAUUUUUACUUUAUCUUUGGCAUGAGGAGAAACAACUUUUAUAAAGAGCCAUAAAGCUAAUUUUAUUUUAAGUCUGACUUCAGAGCUGUAUACACAUUACUCCUCCACCAAAGUUGUGAAGGGUCUGUUGGAGCAGUUGCAAAUUUUACCUUCAACUCUAUCCUUUUUCCAUCGUUUAAGCCUUCUGAAAUGGACUGAGCAAACUAGCUCUUCAGUCUGAUCGUCCUCUUGUACCUUCGUGUAGAGAGAGAGGAGGGUGUGUUUAUAUAUACACAUGCUCAGAAGAGCAUCUUUUUAAAACCAAGACCAGGAAGCAGCAACUUAGUACUCCAAGAUCGCUGUUCCCAUUUUAAGUACAGGCCUGCUGUAAAUGUUCCUAGUAUUCGGAACGCAAAGCUAGGUGUAUUGGACCUGUAAGACUAAUCUCGGGGAUGUAUUGCUGCAGUGUCGGGUUUUUGUGCUUGCGAGUGGGAGCUGAGGCGAUAGCUGGAGCUCGGUCUGUUGCUGCAGCAUACCUGUUGUACUUCUUUUGGGGUGACUUCCAAGAACUUUGUCUCUUGUGCAACUUGUUACACAGAAUUAAGACUUUUAGUCUUAGUGCUGUAAAAUGAGUUUCCAAUUCUUGCUCAGUCGAGGAAUGUCUGAACCUUCUUGUUUCCGUUAAGAGCUUCUGUAAACAGCUUUCUGCUUUGGAGUGAACUCAGGGGCGAGACAGUCACUGAGGGCACACGGCAAAGUCCCUGUUCAGAAGUAAACUGACAAAUGCACUACAAAACGUUAAGGGUUAUGUUCGCUAAUAUAGUACAAGUAAGUGUAAAAGUGAAAACAAACCCUAUUUUUCUCUUCCGACUGUCCUAUCUGAAAUAUUCUGCACUUCCUCUGUUUAUCCUUUAUCCGCUACUAACUUAGUUUGGGAGCUGCAGUGCCGCUCUAGUUUUUGAAAGUACUCUAGUUUUUAUAUUAAAUGGAUCUUGGAUUGCUUUGCAGAGACAUUACCUGAAUAUUUGUUUAGCAGUAUUCUGUGCAUGUGUGGGCUCACGUCUGUGCUUGCUGGAUCGCUCAUUGAGCACUGUGUGGAUUCGCUCUCUGAGCUCUGCCCUGUACUGUUAAUCUUUAGAUCUCUGCCCCAGUACUUCAGUGACCAGUCAGACUGAAUUCUGCCAAGGCAAACGAGAGUCUGGGUUAUGUAUUUUCAUAUUAUUUAUGGGUGCUUGUGUCCAGUAGAUGGCAUGUUUCAGCUGUUGUCUUGAAUAUUCCUGUAAAGAGCAAUGAAUGAGUGAAUAAACAGAAAAAUAUCCUAAACUCAGCAAGGCUGCAACUUAAGUGUAGAGAGUAACGCUUUAUUCUACUAACUUUGGCGUUUCUACCUCUGAAAUCUAUACGGACAAAGAGGCUUGGCUACUUUUAUUGCUUGGAUUUCAAAGCAGCCGCUCCUUCCCUAAAGCUGUAAGACAGAUGUAUGAAGAAGUGUAGGUGGGGGAAAAAAUAACCACUCUGCAGCUUUUUAAAAGAUACUUUCUUGCCUGGUCCCUGGAGCUGGAACACCUGGAGCGAAGCAAGUUGCAGAGGGGGAGCUGAUACACACCUUCAAAGCCAAUCCUGAGUUGUAUUUUCAGGAGCUCGUGCUCAGCAGUGCUUGAUCGUAUGUAAAGUCAACUUGCUUGUCUGUGUGCUCUUUCACUUCCUUACACGGUGCAGCUGUUACAGUGCUCCCACAAGGAAAAGAAAGAGUUUACAAAUAAACUCCUUUUGCCACGGGGCUUUUCACCCGA